GCACCGCAGCCCCCAGGACACGCGCGGACCUGGCUGCCCGGUCCCUCAUGAUCAUGAACAAGAUGAAGAACUUUAAGCGCCGUUUCUCCCUGUCAGUGCCCCGCACUGAGACCAUCGAAGAAUCCUUGGCUGAAUUCACAGAGCAAUUCAACCAGCUCCACAACCGGCGGAACGAGGACUUGCAGCUCGGUCCUCUUGGCAGAGACCCCCCGCAGGAGUGCAGCACCUUCUCCCCAACGGACAGCGGGGAGGAGCCGGGGCAGCUGUCCCCUGGCGUGCAGUUCCAGCGGCGGCAGAACCAGCGCCGCUUCUCCAUGGAGGUGAGGGCCUCUGGAGCUCUGCCCCGGAAGGUGGCAGGAUGCACGCACAGGGGUGUGCACAGGAGGGCAGCUGCCUUACAGCCAGACUUUGACGUCAGCAAGAGGCUCUCUCUGCCCAUGGAUAUCCGCCUGCCCCAGGAAUUCCUACAGAAGCUACAGAUGGAGAGCCCAGAUCUGCCCAAGCCGCCCAGCCGCAUGUCCCGCCGGGCCUCCCUGUCAGACAUUGGCUUUGGGAAACUGGAAACAUACGUGAAACUGGACAAACUGGGAGAGGGCACCUAUGCCACAGUCUUCAAAGGGCGCAGCAAACUGACGGAGAACCUCGUGGCCCUGAAAGAGAUCCGGCUGGAGCAUGAGGAGGGAGCGCCCUGCACUGCCAUCCGAGAGGUGUCUCUGCUGAAGAACCUGAAGCACGCCAAUAUUGUGACCCUGCAUGACCUCAUCCACACAGAUCGGUCCCUCACCCUGGUGUUUGAGUACCUGGACAGUGACCUGAAGCAGUAUCUGGAUCACUGUGGGAACCUCAUGAGCAUGCACAACGUCAAGAUUUUCAUGUUCCAGCUGCUCCGGGGCCUCGCCUACUGUCACCACCGCAAGAUCCUGCACCGGGACCUGAAGCCCCAGAACCUGCUCAUCAACGAGAAGGGGGAGCUGAAGCUGGCCGACUUCGGACUGGCCAGGGCCAAGUCAGUGCCCACAAAGACCUACUCCAAUGAGGUGGUGACCCUGUGGUACAGGCCCCCCGAUGUGCUGCUGGGAUCCACAGAGUACUCCACCCCCAUUGAUAUGUGGGGCGUGGGCUGCAUCCACUACGAGAUGGCCACAGGGAGGCCCCUUUUCCCGGGCUCCACAGUCAAGGAGGAGCUGCACCUCAUCUUCCGCCUCCUCGGGACCCCCACAGAAGAGACGUGGCCGGGCGUGACCGCCUUCUCCGAGUUCCGCACCUACAGCUUCCCCCGCUACCUCCCGCAGCCGCUCAUCAACCACGCGCCCAGGUUGGAUACGGAUGGCAUCCACCUCCUAAGCAGCCUGCUCCCGUAUGAAUCCAAGAGUCGCAUGUCAGCAGAGGCUGCCCUGAGUCACCCCUACUUCCGGUCUUUGGGAGAGCGUGUGCACCAGCUUGAAGACACUGCCUCCAUCUUCUCCCUGAAAGAGAUCCAGCUCCAGAAGGACCCAGGCUACCGAGGCUUGGCCUUCCAGCAGCCAGGACGAGGGAAGAACAGGCGGCAGAGCAUCUUCUGAGCCGUGCCCACCCUGCCGUGGCCCAAGGGACAAGAGAUCACAUGGACCACAAAUUUGGGUAGGAUGGAACCUGUGUGGCCCUCGGAAGACUGAAGAACGAGGGCUGACAGCCAGCCCAGAAGACCGUUUGGCAGCCCUGCUGGCCACGGCUGUUUCUUCUCUGUGCUUCCCACGUGCCUCCCCAGUAGUCCUCACCUGCAUACCAACCCCUCCCUUACCCAUGGCGGGGCUGGCAUGAGCUGCUUCCCUGAGAAGACAUGAGAAGGAGGGGGGACCUUGUACCCUCUCCCACCCUGAAGUGUUUGGGCACCUGCGUGGGACGCACAUGG